GAUUAUUACACAAGCUUGUUUGUCUGGUCAAGAGUUUACAGCGUGUUUAGUUUGUGUUGAACGAGGCGUUCUCUCUCCGUUCUCGUGACUGAAAUCUGAUCAAAGUUACACCAUUAUAACCCUGUAGCACAAAAUAAUGGGUCCACAAACCUAUGCUCUUGUUUUUCUGGCGAUUUCUGUGACGAUUCUACCUCAAACGUUUGCACAAAGUACAACUACAACACAAGCAUUGAUAAUCACUCCUAGUAUUUCAUUAAAUGCAUCUGAGGUUUUCAGUAGCUCAGCUUUAGAAAGUUCAGCAGUGAUGGAAUCAUCUUCACUGUCCUCAAUGCAUCCUGCAACAAUAUCAUCAUCAGCCUCUGUCGGACCAACACCCACACCUUCUCCAACCCUGUCUCCAACCACACCAAAUACACCAGUGCCUACAACAGCCCCUACCAUUGCACCGACAACGCAGCCCCCUGAACCUCCUACAGCCGCACCUCACAAAGGCCACACCUUUGAUGCGGGAUCAUUUGUUGGUGGUAUUAUCCUCGGAGUUGUGAUUGUCGCUGCAGGAAUGUUUGGUUACACAUGGUAUAAGAACAAAAGAAAAAGCUAUCACAGUCUUUGAACGAAGGGAUAUAAUCAGAACAUUGGCAUUAUUUUAAUUUGGCCAAGAAGCUAGACUAAAGCCUUAUGGUAUCCACUAGUUAAUAUAAAAUGAUGCAACGACAUUAGAGUCAAGCUUAUAUAUUUUUUCUGUUUUGCUAUUUUUAAAAUGAAAAUGUUAGAAGUUACCAUAAUGACUAGGGAGAUACUAAAAUUUGUUCUCUUUGUGCAUGCUUAUGUUUAUAUGUCAAUUAUGUGCAAGAGGAAGGAGUUGUAGCGGGGAUAUUCAGGAUGAGGGGGUUGGGGCUGUGUAAAUCACUAUAGGAUUGGCUGGGAUUUUUACGUCUUGAAAGACGUCACAUCUACAAAAAAAACUAAAUUUUAUGUAAACAUUGCCAUUUAUUUCAACUUUACCACAACUCCAAAGCUUCAGAAGUAUUAAGAUAUCCUUACUUACAGUAAAAUGGCCUUUGAUUUCUACAGCCAAGAGACCUUUGUUACUACUACCACUACCACUACCUAUAAAGCUACUAGAAAAAUCCAAAUCAUUUGGAUUAAAAAAAAAUGAUUGUUUUUGCAUGCAUUUGCUCUUUUAUAGACCUUUAGUGGACCAAAAAAAAAAAAACAAGCAAUCUAUUUCUAUUAUACAAUUAUAAUGAAAAGUUUUGUAUUUAAACUCGGAACUAAAUGUUAUUUGCAUAGUAAGUAAAUGGAACACUUUACUAACUCUUCUAGUAACUUCUGUGUCCUUGUGAUGACUGAUAGAUUUCAAUAUAAUUGUACUGCAGUUAAAUUUAUCAGUAUUAAUCUACAUUAUAUAUACUGUAAGUUGCUUAAAAUUUCCUAAUAUGCUUGUCUGUUUAUAGUUUUGGUUGAGGAUUACUUUAAAAACUAGUGAACAAGUAAGAUGCAUUGUGCAAAUAAAAUAACAAUUCAAUUUUAUUUUCAAAUAAUGUUUUUUUCUUUGAUAUCAAGAAAAUAAUAAUGUUGAUUGUGUUGUAGUAAUGUUUUGGUAAUAUUAAUAAAAAAUAGCCCCAUGUCA